GCCCUCACCCGGCGCGUCUCGGGAGCGGCGGGCGCGUGAGCGAGCGGGACGCCCUGCGCCGUGCGGCGUGAGUCGCAGCCUGGUCCUGACAAGACACCUAGCCUGCAUUUCCUUUCAAAGUGAGCUAAGCACCAGUUCUCAAAAUGGCUUCUAAAAGAGCCCUGGUAAUUUUAGCUAAAGGGGCUGAGGAGAUGGAAACAGUAAUCCCCACGGAUCUCAUGAGGAGGGCAGGAAUUGCUGUGACAGUUGCAGGCCUGACUGGAAAAGAUCCUAUACAGUGUAGCCGUGACGUCGUUAUUUGUCCUGACACGAGUUUGGAAGAGGCUCGAAAGGAGGGGCCCUAUGAUGUGGUGGUCUUGCCUGGAGGGAACCUGGGAGCUCAAAACUUGUCAGAGUCCCCACUUGUGAAGGAUGUCUUGAAGGACCAAGAUGGCAGGAAAGGACUGAUAGCUGCAAUAUGCGCAGGUCCCACUGCUCUCCUAGCACAUGGAAUAGGUUUUGGAAGUAGAGUGACAACACAUCCUUUGGCCAAAGACAAGAUGAUGAGUGGAGAUCAUUACAAGUACUCUGAGAAUCGUGUGGAAAAGGAUGGACACAUCCUCACCAGUCGGGGACCGGGCACCAGCUUUGAGUUUGGUCUUGCAAUUGUGGAAAACCUGCUGGGGAAAGAGCUAGCUGACCAGGUGAAGGCACCGCUUGUUCUGAAAGAUUAAGGCGGCACUCUGCCAAGGAGGCCUUUCCAUGAAAGAAAUAACAAGAGCAAAUAUUGCAAGUACACUGAAAUCCAAACCCAGAGUAAGUUUGAGAUUAGGAGCUUGGACCCAACAGCCACUUAGCAACUUUAGCUCCCCGACCUCAGAGCAACCUCUGUGGAUGAGAGAUGUGAAACCCUUCCGUUAAAGUCCCCUUAGUGCUUCCUGAGACUUCUUAGUUUUCAAUAAAGCAAAACUCCAUUGCA